UGUGUGUAUGUUUAUUUAUAUGUAUGGGUAUUUUUCUUUUUUCCUUCUCUUUUCUUUUUAUUUUUUUUCCUCUCAAGGUUCUAUGAGCCUUGUUACUAGUGUUUCUGUUUGACUGUAUUGUUGAUUGUAUGUACAUUUGUUUCUGCUUAUUUAUUUCUGCAGCUAUUUUCUAAUUUGUCCGUACCCAAGCUUUAGCAAUACAAAUGUUAAUAUUUGUCAUGCCAAUAAAACAACCUUUUGACUUGAGAGUGAGAGAGGGAGUGUGUGUGUGUGUGUGUGUGUGUGUGUGUGUGAGAGAGAGAGAGAGAGAGAGAGAGAGAGUGUGUGUGUGUGUGUGAGAGAGAGAGAGAGAGUGUGUGAGAGAGAGAGACAGAGAGUGUGUGUGUGUGUGUGUGUAAGAGAGAGAGAGACAGAGAGAGUGUGUGUAUGUGAGAGAGACAGAGAGAGAGUCUGUGUGUGUGUGUGUGUGAGAGAGAGAGACAGAGAGAGACAGAGAGAGAGAGAGAAGUGUGAUUUCCUCGCCAUAAGUAAACAGAAGCGCUAUUUCUCAGCAGCAUAAUAGCAAAAGCACUACAGGAAGCGAUGACGGCGUUUCCUUCAUAAGGGAGGGGAAGAAGAGCACACACACACACACACACUGACUCCCAACCUCGCUUUCUGCACAGAGAGAUAAAGCGAUAGCGACAAACCUUCAGGAGACAGGAAGCGGAAAACAUGGAGAAACAGGCGUGUUCUGGCUCCGAGAAUCCCGCGAUACCUACAGUACCGAGAAAGCCGCGGACUCUGGGAGUAAACAUCGCGGCUCGACGAGACAGCAGCGACUCGGCGGACAGCCCUACAGGCUCUCAUGUUGAAUGGUGUAAACAGCUGAUCGCUGCCACAAUCUCCAGCCAGAUCUCAGGCUCCUGUAUUCCUGAGGUUGUGAGCCGUGACUGCAAGAUUGGGUGGAAGCUAGAGCAUAGGGUAUCCAAGAGGUCUAAUUUAAGGCAGGCAUUUAAAGACAUGCAGAGGCCAGUUCCCAUGGACGAAGUUCCACUAGUCCCUGGGGAGAGCAUUAAAAUAACUGCUAAAGAUGUGAUGUAUAUCUGUCCGUUCACUGGAGCCGUGACAGGCACGCUCACGAUCACCGACUACAAGCUUUACUUCGUCAGUCUUGAGCGGGAUCAUCCCUUUGUGCUGAAUGUGAAUUUGGGGGUGAUAAGCCGGUUGGAGACCAUCAGUGUUCAGAGUCAUGGGGAGAACACGCAGGGAAUGGAGAUCGUCUGUAAGGACAUGAGGAGUCCGAGGUUCGCCUAUAAGAAGGAGGAACAGAGUAAACUGGAAAUUGUGGAGACGCUUACCAAGUGCGCCUUCCCACUUUCCAAUGAUCUGCCCCUGUUUGCUUUCCAAUACAAGGAAAAGUAUCCAGUAGAUGGAUGGAAGGUUUAUGACCCAGUAUCAGAGUAUAAGAGAAUGGGUCUGCCCAAUGAAAGUUGGACUAUAAGUAAGAUAAACAGUAACUACGAAGUGUGUGACACAUAUCCUGCUCUCCUGGUCAUCCCAACUAGUAUCAAAGAUGACGAGCUUAAAAGAGUAGCGGCUUUUAGGGCCAAGCAUCGCAUACCGGUCCUUUCUUGGAUCCAUCCUGAGAGUCAGGCCACGAUUGUGCGCUGCAGUCAGCCGCUGGUGGGCCCCUCGGACCGCCGCUGCAAAGAGGACGAGCGCUACCUGCAGACUAUAAUGGACGCCAACGCACAGUCACACAAGCUGACCAUAUUCGACGCAAGGCAGAGCAGUGUCGCUGACACUAAUAAGGCUAAAGAUGGUGGCUAUGAGAGCGAAAGUUUCUAUCCCAAUGCGGAACUGAAUUUCUUGGAGAUUCCCAACAUCCAUGUGAUGCGGGAGUCUCUGCGCAAGCUGAAGGAUGUGGUCUACCCCACCAUAGACGAACUUCACUGGCACUCUGCCAUAGAUGCCACACACUGGCUGGAGUAUAUCAGGCUGUUAUUAGCAGGUGCAGUGCGUAUAGCAGAUAAGGUUGAAUGCAGUAAGAGCUCAGUGGUGGUGCACUGCAGUGACGGCUGGGACCGUACGGCUCAGCUCACCUCUCUGGCCAUGCUGAUGCUGGACUCGCACUACCGCACACUCAGGGGCUUCCAGGUGCUGAUCGAGAAGGAGUGGAUCAGCUUCGGACACAAGUUCGCCUCGGUGCGUAUGAGCAGUGAGGGCGUGGUUGUGUGCAGGCGUGUGAACGCAUGUAUAUUUAACCCCAUCUUUCUCUCUCUCUGUGUUUCUCAGCGUGUCGGCCAUGGAGAUGAGAAUCACGCCAACUCGGAACGAUCCCCUCUCUUUGUGCAGUUCAUCGACUGUGUGUGGCAGAUGAUGAGACAGUUUCCUUCUGCUUUUGAGUUCAACGAGCUUUUGCUCAUCACCAUUCUGGAUCACCUCUACAGCUGCCUGUUUGGUACAUUCCUCUAUAGCAGUGAGCAGGAGAGAAUGGAAAAGGAAGUACAGGGUAAAACGAUGUCACUGUGGUCCUACAUUAACAGUCAGCCGGAGGACUUCACUAACCCGUUCUAUGUGGACUAUAAAAACCAGGUGCUGUAUCCACUGGCCAGUCUCAGACAUCUGGAGCUCUGGGUGGGUUAUUAUGUGCGCUGGAACCCACGCAUGAGACCACAGGUGCCGGUCCAUCAGAAUUUGAAAGAGUUAUUAUUUUUGCGUGCUGAGCUGCAGAAGAAAGUGGAGGAGCUCCAGAGAGAGGCCACGUCAUCCCGCUCCAUCUCCUCAUCCUCAGAGCAUACUUCUCCCUCCUCACAUAGUGGUACACCACUUCACACUGCCGUCUAAAUACACACACACACACACACACACACACACACACACACACACAUUUAAGAGCACAUACUGCCUUUACUCAAUGAAUACACUCUCAGGCACAAGUAGGGAGUGGAUGAGUAUGAAGCGGGCACAAACACACACACACAUUCCUGUUUGCAUUUUUAUUUUUAACUAUAGAGAAGUAACCUAGUGUCACAUUUUAUAAAUCCUUUUUUUUUUUUUAUAUAAACCGAAAAAUGGAUCUUGGAAUGAUAGUCAGCAUGUCUGCAGCAUGAAUCCAUAGUAUUUACUAUCUAGUAUUUGACCUGUAAAUAUGAAAAAAAGAAGUAUUAAUAUAUUUGUACUUACAUGUCAUGUUCAUCUUUCCCUGUGGCCUCAUUUGCUCCUCUGUGCCAACUCCCUUUCAUGUUUUAAUAUUUCAAUACAGUUUUUAGCAACUUGAAGGUUUUUGUGUCCCCCCCCCCCAAAGUGAAUCAUUGUUCUAUUUUUGUAUUUUAUUAGUUACUUUCCAUUUUAUGUCCACUCUGUCAUCACACUGAAGCUUGAUAGUUAUGUCAGUAUUAUUCAUUUCUCAUAGACCUGCCUUUCACCUUGCUAAUAUAUGGAAGCACUGAAUAAAUAGUCAGUUUGUCAUGUUUUUGUAUGAAGGUGUUAAAAUGUUGAGUUGUACGGCCUUUCCUGUUUCAUGGACUUUUCACCGGUAUCGUUUGAAUAAAUCGAACUGGUAAUGAAAAGAACUGGUAAUCGUCACCGAUAGGGAAGCAAAACAGAGACAUAAAGAUCUGAAUGUGAAAAGCCAUUGAAUUUUGGAAAAGAAAUUUCGACACCAUUGAAUUAAUAGAAUCCGUGUAUCAUAUCGUUCGUUCUUUUCAUAUUCAAUUAAGAACCAAUUAUCCGAAAAUGGAAAAAUGGCUUGUUAUUUUAUUAUUCAUUUACAAAUCCAAAAUGAAAAAGGAAAAAAAAAAAAAAACUAAUAAGAAGCCAUUUCCGUUCUUUCAAUCUCACGCUCAAGUUAAAAAUAAGCAAUUAGAAAAUGGGUCAAAUGUCCAGGUUUCAUUUGAACAUUUUAUUUAUUUUUUCGAUUGGCUAUGACCCGGAAGUUACUUGUUUCUUCAUGUGUUGUGCUGGAUAAAGGUGUUUUAUUUUGGUUUAUUUGUUUUGUUUUUUUCCUGAAGAGCAUGGGGAGUUUCGUACUGUUUCAGGGAGCCAAAUGUGUAACCCUCAAAGAAGACUGCAAAAGUAUUAACUGUGGUUAAACCAGUCGAUAAUCCUAUAUAAUCCUAUAAACGUUUUUGUAUUUACACUUUUACAUUUUAGAAAAUGGGCAAAAUCAAGUUUAAAGAGAGGCUGUAAUAAAAAUACAUAGUUUUUGGAGUAUCUGAGGGGGCGCAGUGACUUUGUAGUUAGCUUGCUAGCUUCACACCUCCAGGUUGUACUCUGGUUUCCUCCCCCAGUCCAAGGACAUGCGUUGUAAAUUGUCCAUAGUGUGUGAACAGGUGUGUGAUGGGCUCACACCUCGUCCACGGUGCCCCUCGCCUGAGAUAGACUCCAGGGCGACCCUGUGUAAGAUCGAUGGAAUAUCUGAUUUAAUGAACACUGAAAAACCUUUAUUUUCUUUUUUUUGAAAGCAUGAAUUUGUGCAUGUGAACACUGAAAUAUAAACUCCUUAGAAUUUCAAGGAGGUUACUAAAAAAACAUUAAAAAUACAGAUGUGUGGUUUUCAAGGUAUUAUUUUUCACUGAUGUGAAUCCAUUGGAGUUCAAAUUUGAUGAUUUAUGAAUUCACUUAUUGUCUCUGUUUUGCUUCCAUACAUACUGCUCUGUAAAGGGUUGUGACGGUGCACUGGUGUUUCAUGUAAUGAAGGGAGAAGUGUGAAUCAUCCGUGCAAUGAUGGAACUGAAAGGGAGGCAUGUUACACUUUCUCAUAACAGCUACCAGAUUUUAGGUACGUCCCUUACUUACAAGAUGCCCCAAUACAGCUUCUUUUAUCUAUUAGUGCAAACAGAGCAAAGGGUACUAAUGAAAUGUAUCCAGUGAAUUAAGAAAAGGAUCACAGUGGAACUCAAUGUGCUUUAGAGGGAUAGAGGACAAAGUACAAAUCAGAUAUACAUACAAAUGGUGAGAGUCAUCCUGAUGAAAACGCAGUCUUCCAGACGCAUCUAAUUAUGCUUCAAGAAAGGAUGUAUAAUUAACACCCCUUUCACAAACUUUGCACUUAGUAUCUGUAUUUUUAUGCUUGUACUAUACCCUCACCAGUCAUUAUAAUACGAAUGCCUGUUUAUUCAUGCAAUUAUCCAAUCAGCCAGUCAUGUAACAACAGCACGAUGUAUGAGGUUCACUGAAACUGGACUAUUGAAGACUCGAAUAACCUGCUCUUUUUCCAGUCUGUGUAGCCUCACAUUCCUGUUAUUGGGUGACACGGGUGGAAUCAAAUGAUGUUUUCUACUGUUCUCAAGGUUUGGCAUGCUAUGCAUCCCAAGAUGCUUUUCUGCUCACCAUGUAUAUUAAGAGAGGUCAUUUGACGUUACUAUGGCCGUCCUAUUAACUUGACCCAGUCUGGCCAUUCUCCUUUCAUCAACAAGGUGUUUCCACCCCCAGAACUGCCACUUACUGGAUGUUUUUCACACAAGUGUGUUUGUGUGUGUGUGUGUGGAAAUCCUAGGAGAGCUGCAGUUUCUGGAAUACUCAAACCAGCCCAUUUAGAAUCAACAACCAUGCCACAGAUAAAAUCACUGGAUUACAUUCUGGUGUUUGAUGUGAAUAUUGACUGAAGCUCUUCAUCUGAUCCUGCUUGAUGUUAUACAUCGUGGUGUUGCCAUAUGAUUGGCUGAUUGGAUAAUUAUAUGAAUGAGCACAUGUACAAGUGAUCAGUGAGCACAUCUAUCCAUCAUAGAGGUAUUUUGGGACAAUACUUGACAAUAUACCUGACUUUGUAAGAUUUGUGGCCAAGUUGAAGAAGCUUCUGACAUUCCAAUGGAAAAAAGUAAAUAAAACAAUCCAAGACAAA